AUGGCGAUUACUAAUAAAAUUAUUAAUUGCAAAAUGGCCUCAAAGUAUUUGUUGGACUCAAUGGAUAGAUUUGGCGACGAUUUGUGUGAAGUAUUGUUGAGUUAUCUGUCAUUUGAGGACCGAUUCCGAAAAUUACAAAACGUUAAACGACUUGAAAUAGGGGCCGAAGGAUGGCAUUGGAAACUAGAUAUGAUGAUCCCGAUUAUGAUCUAUACUACAAUCAAUACGUGA